GACGAGCUGGCACCAGAGGUGACGGAUGAGUUUUAUAAACAUAUAAUGAAGGAUGGAGGACGACCGGAUUGCAGGAAGGCAGCAGAAGCCCUUCAUUUUGCUGUUCAAAAGCUUCGUAAGAAACCUGGCGUUCAGCUCACAGACUGGAUUCCGACCUCUGAAAGCACUUCUUUUGGUGCGAACACCCUGAUAGAAUGGGCUAGUGUGGGCAACAAGAGUCUGCGACUAUCAACGGGACCGAAUACAGAACGUCCUUAUCUCGCUCAAUGCCGAACCGGCAUAAAGAUAACGGGAAACUAUGAUUGGCCAAAGAUACACGAUAUGGUCCGGCUAAAGGAGACAGGGUCCCCAACAGUCCAAUCUUUACGUUUGUCCAUUCAAGAGGCCCUAAACCCCGACAACCAAGCUUUCUAUCCGCACCUUAAUAACAUAAUGUCUACUGCGCAUCACGAGACCUACGGAAAGGGUGGUGCUGGAAACGUCAGCGACCACGUCAAUCACGCUACCGAGGAAGUCAAAGCCCACCUUCCUACCGAGAAUACUGCCGGAAGAGGUGGAUAUGGUAACAUUGGGGAGGGACCCGGCCACUACGAUGCCAGUGGUGGUCAUGCUGGCGUUGUAGAGUCGACUGGUCGAGGAGGCGCAGGAAACAUCGGUGUGUUCACUACUGAAUACAUCACCGCAAG